AUGGCCCUCUCACGCCUCCUGGCAAGUACCCUCUCUUAUAUGUUUUUGGAUGCCGAAAAGAAGGAGGAGGACAAGACUAAGGAGGACAGGCCUCCUCCAUACACUCACAGAGGCUCGGCAAUCAACUUCAACUGGGCCCGCGAAGCCGAAAAGAAGGAGAGAAGCGGACCGACCUUGUCAGCGGAUAAUUGGGAGGAGCAUCCCGAUGCCAGGAUUGAGGACUUCGAAGAGCUUCCUUACAAGGAGUUUGGCAUCAACCAGCACAUGGAGGUCAAUGCCGAGUUCAGAAAGGUCCUCAAUGAAGUCGUCCGGGAGUUCCGUGCCCCCAUCAUGUAUGCCAUGGCUUACGGUUCCGGUGUUUUCCCCCAGUCCAAGGCCACUAGGACUGUCACGGAUGAGGAGUUCCGCGCUGUCCACCCCAAACCCUCGCCCUCCUUGAUGGAGGUUCAGAAGGGUGGCCCCAAGAUGAUCGAUUUCAUUUUCGGAGUCACUCACACCCAACACUGGCAUUCGCUGAACAUCCGUCAGCACCGUGACCACUACUCUGGUCUGGCCAGCUUUGGCUCCGGUCUCGUCUCGACCUUCCAGGACCGCUGGGGUGCCGGUGUCUAUUUCAACCCUUACGUCACAAAGAAGGGCAUGCUCAUCAAGUACGGCGUGACGUCGAUCGACAACCUCUGCACCGAUCUCUCCACCUGGAACAACCUGUACCUCGCUGGAAGACUUCACAAGCCUGUUAAGAUCCUACGUGAUCAUCCUCGAGUUCGCCUUGCGAACCAGGUCAACCUCAUUUCGGCUGUCCGCACUGCUCUCCUGCUCCUGCCCCCAAAGUUCACCGAAAAGGAGCUCUUCUCGACUAUUGCUGGUAUCUCGUAUCUCGGUGACCCGCGCAUGUCUUUACCAACUGAGAAUAAGAGCAAGAUCAACAACAUCGUGGACAACAACAUGAUCUCUUUCCGCAAACUUUACGGUCCGCUUCUUAACACGAUGCCUAACGUCGACUUCGCCGACGGAGCCGACCAGCAGAGCAAACACGCUUCCGAUGCCGAGUACGAUGGCGCCAUGUACCAGGAUAUGGAUCCGAUCAAGCGUGGCAACAUGGUUCGUCGCCUGCCCAAAGCCUUCCGCUCGCGCCUGUAUUUCCAGUAUCAGAAGAAGUCGAUGGUUCCGGCCUCGGAAUUCAAGGCCAUGAUGGACGCCUCCAAGGAAGAGGAGGACGUGAGCUUCAAGCGCCGCGAGGGUGGUGGCUUCGAACAACGCAUUGUCCAGGACGACCCGGAUGAGCUGCGGAAGUCGAUUCGCAAGGUCAUCAGGCAAACUGUCAACUGGCCCGCAACCGCGCAGUCGGUCAAGGGCUUGUUCACUGCUGGUGUCGGCCGCUCCAUCCGUUACCUCUCCGAGAAGUUGACCAAGUACAACGAAGGCAAAGCAAAGGCCAAGGUCAAGGCUGAAGAGCUCAAGAAACAGGAGAGCGAGGCCGCAGACAAGGCCAAGAAGGAGGAAUGA